GUUCCCUCCCAAAAUGGAUGAAGAUUCUUAAUGGCGUGGCAAUCACCGUUAUUUGGACUCUCUCUCUCUCUCUCUGUGUGUAUAUACGCACGCACUCACGCACAUAUGUUCCCUAGAUUUUGAGCCUGAGAACCGCCAUAAUUGCCGCUCCCUAGAUUUCUAGAACCAGGCUUCGGUUUCUCCUGCCUUUUCAUUUCUGGAUUCCCGUUCCUCGGCUUUUCAAUACAUUGCCAAGAGGUAACGGUUUGAUUCAGUAAUCUAGUAUCUCAUUUGAUGGCUGAGGAGAUAAUUGAUAUCCCGGAGAUCCCCGAGAUAAUUGACCUCGGUGGUGGGUACAAAAGGCGGAGCUCAACUGGAAACUUGAACAAUUCAACGUAUGGAGUGAAAGCCCGAUAUCUCAGUGCUUCAAUGGGUUCCUGCCAUGAUCUUUGCAAAUAUGGAAGAAAACAGAUCCCUGAGGAAAAGCCAUGGAAUUCCAUAUCAAAAAGAGUUACAGCAAGACCAGGUGAAGUCGAGGAUCAGGCCAGAGGUGUAAACAUACAGGACAUAAAGAAAAUUCCAGUAACCAAUCCAAAGCCUUUGCCUGAUUUUAGGAGACAGACAACUAACCAACCGCGAAGCAUUAAGAAAGAAGCUCCAGCAUCAUCGAAGAAAGGAGCUGUAUCUCCAAAAACUUUCUUGUUGUCUGGUAACAAAAAAGAUGCUUCCAAGAAACCUGCUAGUGAGUUACGGUUAAAGCCUGUGAAAACAAAGCCAUCUUCUUUCACCAUACCUGGAAAUUCAGGCAUUAGAUGGGACAGUGAUAUGAAGACAAGGAAGGGGACGUGGGUGUCCAAAUAUGGAAAGAAAAAAGAUUUGGUGCCACCAAAUGCUUCUCAGUCUCCAAGACGGCGUAUGGAGAGACAAUUGAGUGCGAAGUCUGGAAAGUCUAAGGACAAGAGACGAUCAUCUCAUCUGAAAAGUACAAAUAAUGUUCGAAAAACUGAACCCAAGCUUCCCAUUCAUGAAGAAGUUCCAGAAAAAACGUUGUAUGUGAUCGAAACAAAACCGGAGGACUCUACUACAGGACUUGCUCAAAAUGGUAAUGAUAAUGCUUAUUCCUAUGAAUCCUUUUCACCUUCUUCCAAGGACAAAAACGAACGCUCUCAAAGUAGGGUCCGUAAUCCUCUGUCACCCCCAUCCCCUGAGAAUGAAAUAUUGAGACACUCGGGAAAUGGUAUCUUUACUGGUCGAUUAUCCCCAUCCUCAUCUUUUUCUUUUCCCAAGAAAAAUUUAAGACGCAUUGAAAUUGGAAAUCAUAAGGCCUUAUCGCCUUUAUCAUCACCGUUGUCACGGUCCCCAUAUGCAUCUGAGUUGAUGCCAAGUGAUGAAAGUGCGCGCUUCCACAAAGGCAGGGGAGCUAAAACUGAGAGCCAAACGCCAAAUUACAGUGAGGAAACCGCUAGAAGUCCUAGAAGGUUGGGGAAAGUUAUCACGGAAGUUAAAGUUAUAACACCCCGGAAGCUCAACUUCAGGAGAGGAAAGGUGAUCGAUGUGCAGAUUAAGAGCGGUGGUAGUCCAAAGAAACUCAUAUUCAAGCAGAGAAGGGGCCAUUUUGGUGAGAACCAAAAUGGCAGAGGCAAGACUAGUCCGAGAAGCUUGAAGAAAGUAGUUGCCACCGACGAAUUUAAUGGUUCAAAACCUGAAUCUGUGAAAGUUGUCCUUAGGCGGCAGCAGGCUGCGGAACGAAAGAAAGGCGACCAGAGUUUGUUCAACAAUGUCAUUGAAGAGACUGCAAGCAAGCUUGUCAAAACCCGUAAGAGCAAGGUUAAGGCUUUGGUGGGUGCUUUCGAAAGCUUGAUCUCGCUCCAAGAUGCUACUUCUUCCGACAGAACUGUUCAGCAGUACUAAUGGUUAGAGUAUCCGCUUAUGAACAUGUUAUUGAUCUGUACAUAAUGAAUGGGUAGAUAAGAUUUGAAGGUCAUACAGACCGAAGGCCAACACAUUUCUUUUCUUUCUUGGUGGGUGGGUGGGGAGGCAUUUGAGUUCAGAAAUCUUGUUUUGUGCUGUUCCAAUAUUUCUGUCAAAGUUGACUUAUUCUUUCCCCCUUUCUUCGUUGAUUGAUUUUUAUUCUUCACAUGGGAGGUGGAUUUCAAUCAGUAUGCGUGGGAUUAUUCAUAGAGCUA